AUGGAAUACAUUGAAUGUUAUGAGAUAUUAUCAACAAAUGGAGAUGAAAAUGAUUUAGCUCAUCCAUCUAUUGUUGCAUUUCCAUCAGCUGAAAAUCAAUUUCAGAUUGAUCUAGGAACAGAAGAUAAAUCAAUACCAAUUCAUGAAAGUGCUCGUUAUUUUGAUUGUGAUGCAUCACUUCAAUGUGUUGAUAGAACUGAACUAAUUCCUAAACAUCAUUUAUCACCAAAUUUACAAAAACGAACAAUAAAUGAACAAGUUUAUAAAGAUAUUCUAACAGAAAUCAAACGAAAACGUGCUUUAGUUAUUUUAAUUGUUGAUCUAUUUGAUAUAGCAAAUUCUGUUAAUCGAUCAUAG